UGCCUCGCCGGACCGUCCGCGCUCCCCGCGCCGCGCCGGGUCGGACGCCAGGUCUGCGCGCCGCAGCUGAGCGCCCACUCGCCUCGCGGAGGAAGCCGCGGAGAAGCCCGCGGGGGCGGUAGCGCCGGGAGCCGAAGGAGGUGGCAGUCGGGAGCUGAGCCAGAAGGAGACCGAGAGGCAGAAGCCCGCGGCUCCGAGGCGCGCACUCCCUGGGCCAGCGAUGAGUCCGGGCGCGGCCCGGUCCCUGCCCGGACCGCCGCCGGGCAGAGACUGAAACGUGGACCCCCAGCGUCCGGUGGACGCCCGGACACAGGGAGGCACUGACGAGCCUCCGGUGGGACCUGCCCCCCACCCCCCGCCCCGCACACCCAGCGCUGCGCCCCCCGCCAGAGCCGUGCUGGGCAGACCGGUGAGGGAGCGGGGCUGAUUGGCGGCCGGCGGCCAGGGGAGUGGGCGCCGUGGUGCGGGGCCAUGGCAGGCUCCGACGCGUCCUAGCCGGAGCCGGAGCCGGAGUCCACGCUGUCGCCGCCGCCGCUGCAGCCGCCGCCUCUCAGCGCCCGGGCCCCACCGCCGCCGCGCCGCCCGCGGGAGAUGGAACAGCGGAACCGGCUUGGCGCCCUCGGAUACCUGCCGCCGCUGCUGCUGCACGCCCUGCUGCUCUUCGUGGCCCACGCUACAUUCACUGAAGUCCCCAAAGAUGUGACAGUUCGGGAGGGAGACGACAUCGAAAUGCCCUGCGCGUUCCGGGCCAGCGGAGCCACCUCGUACUCGCUGGAGAUCCAGUGGUGGUACCUCGAGCCGCCCCGCGAGCUGCUGCACGAGCCGGCUCUCAGCGCGCCGGGCGCCCGGAGCAAGGUAACAAAUAAGGACGCAACUAAAAUCAGCACGGUGCGCGUCCAGGGCAACGACAUCUCGCACCGGCUGCGGCUGUCGGCCGUGCGGCCGCAGGACGAGGGCGUGUACGAGUGCCGCGUGGCGGACUACAGCGACGACGACACGCGGGAGCACAAGGCCCAGGCCCUGCUGCGCGUGCUGUCGCGCUUCGCGCCGCCCGACGUGCAGGCCGCGGAGGCGGUGUCCCACAUCCAGAGCAGCGGCCCGCGUCGCCAAAGCGCGGGCCGCGCCGCCACCGAGCCGGCGCCCGCGGACAAGAGCCCGCCACCGGCGAGCCCGCCCGCCGCCCCAGGCCCUGGAGUCCCCGCGGCCGCCGCUGCCUCCGCGCCCCACACGGCCGCCACCACCGUGGUCACCGCCGCCGCCGCUGCUGCUGCUGCUUCGCCAGCGUCGCCGCCACCGGGCCAGGCCGUCCUGCGCCAGAGGCACCGCUCGGGCACGGGCUGCAGCCACGCCUCGGACCCGCUGCUAACCCUGCUGCUGCUGGCUCUGCACACGCUCCUGCCCCGGCUGGCGGGGCAAUGACACGCGUGGGCCGCCCAGCCUGGCGGCGCACACGCCUGCCCGGACCCUGGGCGAGGACCCGGUGCCGGACGGACCCAGAGACUGAGAGAAGCAUGAGGAAGUCCGCCUUCAAAAUAAACAGAUCAUAUUUUUGGGGGAAGUCACCCCAACGUAGAAGGAGCCCUGAAGCAAGGCAUCUAGUUUCCAAAUAAGACAGAGUGUUUCGGGCCGCGCGGCGUGCACCUGCCCGGGGUCCACGAUUUCUCUUCUGCUCCGACGCGAUUUUCUUUUCCACACCUUCCCUCCAACUCUCCAUUCUGCACGGACCGUCCAGCAUUUAUUUACCUUUAGGGUGAUAUUUAAAAUCCUUGUCGUCGGGUCAAAGCCUCUCUGACAAAGCGACAUAUUUUUAGUAGGUUGUUGCGUUCAGGAUUUUUUUUUUUUAUUUACUUUUUUUUUUGGGGGGGGGUGCCUUUCUUUUUUAUUAAAUUAUUUCUUUUGGAGACAUUUUGAUUAAAAAGAGAAAAGAUAUACAUCGUAUCGUAAUUAAAAUUCACUGUCAAAUGAUAUUUAUUUUUAAAUAAAAGAUUGGAAACAAGGUCAGA